CGCAAAAAGUCCUGUGUGGUGACGGAUGUCCAAAGUUCAGAACUUUUUCAAUGCGCGUCUCAUGCGGACUGAAGGAUGGGGACGGCUUAAACUGCGCUUUUCUCUGUUUCAAUUUUCAUCUUUGCUCAAAGGAACUGUGUUUUUGAUCUUAUUUUACGCACAGCAGCGCUCAGAGGAGGGAGAAGCGGAACUUCAUUUUUUUCCGAGGGGGGGAUAUUUUGGAGUUUUAUCCUCGACAUGCAGGCUCGCUACUCCGUCUCCAGUCCCAACUCUCUGGGCGUCGUACCCUACAUCAGCAGCGACCCGAGCUACUACCGGGCAGCAGCCGGAGGGGGCUACACGGGGAUGCCAACACCUAUGAACAUGUACUCUCACGCGGCGCAUGACCAGUACCCGGCCAGCAUGGCCCGGGCGUACGGACCGUACACCCCCCAGCCUCAGCCUAAGGACAUGGUGAAACCCCCCUACAGCUACAUCGCUCUCAUCACCAUGGCCAUCCAGAAUUCACCGGACAAGAAAGUGACCCUGAACGGGAUUUACCAGUUUAUCAUGGAAAGGUUUCCGUUUUACCGAGACAACAAGCAGGGCUGGCAGAACAGCAUCAGGCACAACCUGUCGCUCAAUGAGUGUUUCGUCAAGGUGCCCCGCGACGACAAAAAGCCCGGCAAAGGCAGCUACUGGACCCURGACCCGGACUCGUACAACAUGUUUGAGAACGGGAGCUUCCUGAGGCGGAGGCGGCGGUUCAAGAAGAAGGACGCGCUGAAGGAGAAGGAGGAGCGGCUGCAGAAGGACCUGCCGCCCCGGCAGCAGGGCCGCGGUGAGUCGGAGCAGACCGUGCAGGGCUCCCAGCCCGUCCGGAUCCAGGAUAUUAAAACCGAGAACGGCGCCGUGACUCCGCCGCAGGCCGACUCGCCCUCCCUGAGCACCGUGCCCAAAAUCGAGAGCCCGGACAGCAGCAGCAGCAUGUCCAGCGGCAGCCCCCACAGCAUCCCCUCCGGCAGGUCGAUCCCCGGCAUGGACAGCUCCGAGCACCACCAGCACCACGGCCAGGCUUCCACGCAGGGCUUCAGCGUGGACAACAUCAUGACCUCCCUCCGGGGUUCCCCACAGGGGGUCACCGAGCUCACCCCGGGUCUAAGCGCCUCCACCAGGACGGGUAUAACGCCAUCUUUGUCCCUAAACUACUCCCCCAGUCAGACAUCAGCGUAUAGCUCACCCUGUAACCAAAACUCCAUCUCUACUACCUCCAACGCGACCUAUCACUGCAACAUGCAAGCCAUGAGCCUUUACACUGGGGACAGGUCAGGCCACUUGGCACCGAGCACCGUGGACGAAACGCUGCCAGACUACUCCGUCACAACGACCUCGUCUUCCCUGAGCCACAACCUAAACUCCGGCCAGGAGGGCCAUCACAGCCACCAGGGCAGGCUGGCCUCGUGGUACCUGAACCAGGCCGGAGACCUGGGCCACCUGGGCGCGUCCUACCCGGCUCAGCAGCAGAACUUCCACUCGGUCCGAGAGAUGUUUGAGUCCCAACGGAUCGGCUUGAAUAACUCCCCGGUGAACGGGAAUAACAGCUGUCAGAUGUCCUUCCCUCCGAGCCAGUCCAUCUACCGCACGUCGGGAGCUUUCGUGUAUGACUGCAGCAAGUUCUGACCAAAGAAAAAAGGACAGGGAAAAAAAUGGAGCAAACAAAAGACAAAAAAUAAAUAAAUAAAUAAAUAAAAGCUCAGUAUUUUACCCCGCUGAACUCUGACAUUAAAACCCAUCAUUAUACCUCCCCUACCUGCCCUGGACACAUAUAAAACUAAAACAAUAAAAACAGAAAAGACUUGAUCUUCUUUUUUCUUUUUUUUAAAGAACAGUGUUACUGCAGAUAACACGUAAGUCUCUUUCUCUCCCUUUCUUUUGUUUCUGCUUUUGUGCCUUUWUAUGCUAAAGAUGAUGUGUCACUUUUCCUAGACGUGUAAAUUGCAUUUAAUAAUUUAUUUCUAACCUUUCGCCGGGUUUAUAUAUGGACCAAACACCUCCCCCCCCCCAAACAAGAACAAGAUAAAAAAAAAGGUGUUUCUAAUUUGAAUUCCCUUGAUUGUCCAAAAUGCUUUUUAUCAAAGCAAGAAAAAAAGAAACGUGUAAAUCGACGUAUUAUUUUAAAAAUUGUUCUCAUGAUGUUGAAACAAUAUUCUGAAGGAUUUGUGUGUAUGUUUAAUAAAUUGCCAUUUUAUGUGAGUUA